AUUAUAUUUCUUGAUUGGGCAAAAAUGGUUUGCUAAGUCUCAUUUGACCGAAACCCUUUUUCAUUUUAUCAAUUAUGAUGACAUGGUCAAUAUAAAAAAAGCCCUAUUUGUGUUAAAUACCAGCUGAUUUUUCUUGAUCUUCUUGCACAUAUAUAAGCCAUUCAAAACGUUGAAAGAUUUGUACAUUUUGUAGAGCAGAUUAUUUAGGAAAUGGAGAAACAACAUCAACAAGCAGCCAAACCAAAGAACAAGAUUUUGAAAUUCUUACCAAAAGCAGCUUCUGCAGUCUCCUUUCAAAAUCCCCCGUUUAGUCCAGGCAGAGACAAAAGAAUACCCGAGUAUCAUCAGCACUUCCAUAAUAGAGUUAAAUCACAUGUCGGCAAAGGAUAUUCCGGUCCGAUUGUAUCCAUAAUCCCUGAUGAAGCUCGCCGGAGAACCUCCAAGAAUGGAAGCUUUGAAAACCAUGAACCGACAUCACCUAAGAUUUCUUGCAUGGGCCAAAUCAAGCACAAGAAGAAGAUAAUCAACAGCAGCAGCAAGAACAAAGCCAAAAAUCAAGAAACAGAGCCUGAAAAGAGUACUAGUACUAGUACUCCACGCCGUGAGAUAAAGAAACAUGCAUUGACGAUUAAAAGGAUGUUCAGUAAUGCAGUGAAAGUACCAGAACAUGGAAGAAGAAGAUCUGAUGCUUCUAUGUAUGAUAAGCCACCGCUUACUGAUACUAGUCAUAGAGCUCCUGCCUUGAGUCAAUUGAAGAGGUUUGCAAGCGGUCGUGAUACUUUUGCUAAUUUUGAUUGGACGUCUCAGGUUGUCCCGGCGGAAUCAGAUCACAGGAAUUAUUAUUCUGAUGAUGAAGAAGAAGAAAGACACAGUGAUCAUGAUUAUGACGAGGAUGUGAUUAUACCCUUUUCUGCACCUAUAAUUGUGGGUCCUGGUGUGGGUAAUUUGCAGCCAAGAAAAGAAGUUAAUCUGUGGCGGAGAAGAACCAUGAAUCCACCUAAACCUCUUCAGUUGAAUGUAAUGGUUAGAACAACUUGAUGUGAUUUUCUUCUUCUAAUUUUUCUCUGUUUUUUCUUUUUUCAAUUCAAGUUUCCAUUAGUUUCGUUUCUUUAAUUGUUUAUACCUAUAGAUAUAUUCAAGAAGAAAAGGCUGAAUCUUUUAUAAAUUUGUAAAUUCUUUACAUACA